AAUCUUUAUUGGAUGAUGGUUUUAUAUAGCCCAAACGAUUUUUUCACCUUUUUUAUGUGAUUGGGACUACAAUUUAUGCACACAAUAACCAGAUCUGACCGGCUGGCUAUGGCAGAUAUCGCUGACAUGGGAGAGGUUGACGAAAUGCAUUCCAAAGAAGAAGGUAGCAUUGUUACAAACGGUGAUCUAUCAAAUGAUAUAGAAAUGGAAACUCAAGACAGUCAAGAUAGUCUCAAAAAGUCCAGUUUGCCCGACUCUGUAGGAAUGGAAUAUGAAACUAUUGAAACCAAAGAUAAUCAACCAGAAAAUGUUAGCGCAAUGGAGGAUAGUAAUGAAGAAACUGAGAAUACAGCUGAAGAAGUUAGUUCUGUAGCAACUGAGCGUCAGUCGGAAGUUAAUGAAGAUGAUAUCAGCCAAGAAACAAAAAUGAGCGACGAUCAAACGGAAGAUAGUGAAGCGAUUGACAGAGAAAACAGUCAAGCUAGUGAAGAUGUCAGAGAAAAAUCAGAAGUGGAUGAGGAGGAGAAUAACAGCAGGCAUAGUGCCAAGGAAUCUGAAAAAUCUGAAGUUCGAACUGAAGACGAAGUUCAUGAAAUUGAAUCUGACGAUGAGGAUCAAGGCAGCAGUAAAAAUAAAAUUAGUAACGAUGAACCAAUUGAGCUUAACGAUUCUGGUGGGGAGGGAGACGGAGAUAUCAUGAUAGUUGAUAUACCUAAGGAAAAUGGUACGUCUGAAGUUAUAGAUCUGGCAAGCGAUGCUACUCCUGAGAAAAAAGUUAUUGAAAAACGAGAAACUGUGACCCCUAGGCGGAGUUCAAGAAAUUUAAAUAAAAGUAGGAGUUAUGUGGAGAGUGAUAAAGAAGAGGAAGGGUCUAAUUCUCCUCCGGAACACUCUGAAGAGUCGGAUGUCGAAGAGGUUCUACCUCAAGAUCCCUUGGCUUGUGGUGACUCCGUUACCAUAGAGAGGGUUCCUAUUGAAAAACCAAAAAUUCCAGGAAAGUCUGCAACAAUAGUGGUAAAAGACACAAAAAGACUUGUAGAAAUAGCUUCUAAAUCGAAUAACACAACUCAGGGUAAAAAGGAGCCUACUCUGGUGAUUAUUGACACUAAUUCUAUUUUAUCAGGACAUGGUCCUGUUCCUGUAAAUAACAAACCCGCGCCCAUCCCCAAACCCACCCCUUCCCCUAUAACCACCCACAGUUAUACGAAUGUGCUACCUAAAGCUGUACCAGCCCAAGGGAUGUACCCCCCAAACAUGAGAGCGACAAUAACUCCAAUUCCCAUAAAUUCCUCAAACCUCCCUUCAACCGCGCCAGUCAAAACGGCCCCUGCAACAAUAACACCGACGUUGACGACACCUCUUCUUCCCACCUUGACUGACGACAUGUUCGUCGUGGAGGCACCGUCAUUCAUAGUUCCAUAUGUUUAUGAAAAACCACCUGUUAAAGACUUCAAAGCCUUCAUCAAAACUAUUCAAGAACAGAUUCUUGAGCGAUUGAAAAAUGAAAAGGAAGAAGAGGAAAAGGCGGAUGAUAAAGAAAGUGAAGAUGGGGAUAAGAAAGAAGAAAAAGUGGAGGACGAGAAAAUGGAAACAAAUGAAGAGGAAAGCAAAAAAGACAAGAGUGAUCCUCUUUAUGAACCAAAGAAGGGAGUUGAUGAACAACGGAAACCUUAUUCAUACUUUGAUAGUCCUUUAGGAAAGUUUUUUAUCAAUAUCGGUUUUAAUCUUGUGCAAGAAUAUGUACAAACUGAUCUUUUGAAACAGCAGAAGCGCAAACAUAGCAGGGAAGGAGGUGCCAACGCCGAAACUGAAAAAACUAUCAAGUCGCUUAUGAAGAAUCUUCAGUACAGCAAAUCAAAUAACGAGCACUUCAAAACAGACUUGAAAAAGUGUGAGUUCUGUAAUUUCAAAACGGAAUCCUCCCUAGCCAUGUCUUACCAUUUGGAAACCCCUCAUAUGAAGAACUUUGUCUACAAAUGUAAUUUCUGUGCAUACGAAGUGCGCAGUCCACACGAUAUUCUUUUUCAUAUGGAAGCUGAACAUGCAGUCAGGGGUCACCUUGAGAGAGCACCCGCUUUCCACCAGUGUCCAAACUGCCCAUUCGAAGACAACCAGAAAGGUAAAUUAUCCAGACAUUUGGUUACCUGCACGAAGAAAUUCAAGCCGGAAAGGAACCUGGAACCUCCCGUUGAUUGGGAACCGCCUGCGAAAAUACCAAGAGUGCCUAAGAUGAGACAACAAGGUCUGAACGCCACCGCUGCAGCUUACCAGGCGAUGUCGAAAACAUCUCAGUACCAGUUCCUCUCGAAGAUGCAGCUCCAGAGUACUCAGAACGCCUUGAACAGAGGCAGAGGGCGGCCCUCGCUCGGCACCAAUAUGGCCCCCAAACCACAAACUAUGAUCAGACCGUCUGGCAUGGUGUUCAAGCCACAAGCUUCUAUGUCUGGUGGAUCUGUACUCGUUCCAACUAGUUAUCAACUGAGCGGAAAUCAGGUGUUCCAGGUGUAUCAAUGGAAGCUCCUCAACCACGUCGCAAGAGAUCAUAACACGAUUCUGAAACCAGCUCACUUGUCCUACAAGUGUACAGUGUGUACAGCUACAUUUGGCAUGUACAAGCAGUUUGAAAAUCACGUUUAUUCCGCUCACAGCGUAGUGGCUAAGCGAGUAAUGGAUAAAAAAGCCACACCAUCUCCAGCCGGAAAGUCUGAACAGUUGAAAUCGUUGAAGAUCAACGACGAAAUUACGAUAAUUCCCCAACCAGCCAAGUCCACUAAUGGCGCCACUAAAGAAGGCAGCCCUGCAUCCACGGGUUCGAGCAAUUCCAAAAAUAGCACGCCUAGUACUAGUAAAAGUAGGUAAAUUGAAGAAUGAUUGCACAGGGGUUGCUUUUUUAUUUGUCCAGAUGAUAUCGUUUUAUCAUUUAUGUUGCUGUGUGUACAUACCCGCUUGAAUUUUUAUAUUAUAUCUGAAAUAAGACACUUUUUAGGUUGAAAUGGAUAAUGUAUAAAUUAGACAAAUGAUGUAGAUUUAAGGAAAUUAAUUGCAAACAUUUUUAAUUUGAUAACCAACAAUUCUUGAUUAUAGUAGUGAAAAUGAAAUAAAUUUAGAGGAAAAUAUAAAGAUCAAAAUAUACCUGUGUUCCAAUGUA